UAAAAUAAUCAUAUUAUUACAAAUAACGCAUAAAAUGCAACUGGGUGCAAUAGUUUAAUUGAAAGUGACAGUGCAUCUUUUUUUUCCUCAGCAUAACAGUGACACAAUUAAAGUAUCACAUCUUUUUGAAUUGAAAAGGACCUUCGACGACUUGACUGCAGAGCCAUUUUAAAAAAGCCUUCAUAUUGAGAUCUGUUGAGCGACUCACCUUACAACAGCCUUUACAGACAGCACCUCCCCAGCAAUGGUGGCUGCAGGUGCAGAGUCUCUCCUGUUUGUUCUCCCUCUCCUUUCACUUGCUGCUAGCACGAACUCAGGCUUGAUACCUGGAGUUUCCGCAAACAACGCCACUGACCACCCUGCUCUCCUAUCCUUCAAGUCACUCAUCAGUGCUGACCCAUCGCAAGCUCUAGAGUCAUGGGGCAACCAGUCCACACCUAUGUGCCAAUGGCGCGGCGUGAUUUGCGGCAGACGGGGACGCCGUCGUGGCCGUGUCACUGUGUUGGAUCUUGAGAAUCUCGGCCUCUCUGGAGCUUUCUCCUCUUCAGUAGCCAACCUGACGUUCUUGAGGAGGCUGCAACUCACCGGCAACCGCCUGCAUGGUGCCAUACCAUCGGUGCUUGGCCAGCUCCAGUACCUGAAGCAUCUGGACCUGUCUGGUAAUUCUCUUCAGGCUGCAAUUCCCCCAUCGCUUUCACAGUGCAGGCAUCUGGAGAACGUCAACCUCAGUUUCAACAACCUGCAAGAGGAGAUACCCCAAGAGCUUGGCUCCUUGCAUAAUCUCAAGGUACUCAAUCUUGGCCACAACAAGCUUAUAGGAGCUAUUCCUCCGGAAUUCAGCAAUCUUGUGAAUCUCGAGUUUUUGUACAUUGGAUACAACAAGCUAACUGGAGAGAUACCAUCUGGGAUAGGUAACCUUGUUAAAUUAAGCUUCUUCUCACUAAGUUCCAAUCAACUGUCUGGUUCUAUCCCAGAGUCACUAGGAAACCUCUCGUCGUUGACCUUUCUUACUCUCCAUACAAACAAUCUUACAGGGAGCAUUCCACCAUUGCAUAACCUUACAUCUCUGGCAAAACUUGAAUUAGGAGGCAAUGAUCUCACUGGCUGCAUACCUUCUCAGCUUGGAAACCUGACGUCACUAGUAUAUGUAGAUGUUCAAGCCAACCGUCUGAUUGGUGGCAUUCCAGAGUCACUGGGAAACCUCAAUUUGCUUGAAAUCAUAGAUCUGUCGAACAACAAUCUUACAGGUUCCAUUCCUGGUUCCAUUGGAAACUUACACCUACUCUCAGAAAUCGACCUAGACUAUAACAACCUUGAAGGUCCUUUGCCUCCAUCUCUGUUCAAUCUGUCCAAUCUGAAAAUUCUCGACGUAGAAAACAACUACUACCUCAAUGGGUCUUUACCAAUCGAUAUGGGCAACAGCCUUCCAAAUCUGCAGUUCUUUGUAAUCGAUAAAAAUCAAAUUCAUGGUCCCAUUCCGCCCUCUUUGUGCAAUGCCUCUAUGCUACAAUGGAUUGAAGCAGCAGGUAACUUACUUACAGGUACAAUUCCCGAUUGCCUAGGAAUUAACUUAAAGAGUUUGUACUUAUUAAACUUUGGCAGCAAUCAGAUUCAAGCAACAAAAGAAGAGGGCUGGGGAUUCUUGGCUGGCUUGACAAACUGCAGUCAUUUGAAGUGGUUAUCCUUGCCUCACAACAUGCUUGGGGGUGAGAUACCAAGUAUAAUAGGCAAUCUCUCCAUAAAUCUGAGGUAUAUUAACAUGAAUUACAACAAUAUAACUGGAAAGAUUCCUGAAGAAAUAGCGAAUUUGGUGAAUCUGUACAUGCUUACUCUAGAUGGCAAUAAUCUGGAGGGUACUAUUCCUAAUUCUCUUGGCAAACUAAAGGGACUAACCGGAUUGUACCUAGCAGGGAAUGACCUGUCAGGACCGAUACCUCCAACUAUAGGCAAUCUUACAAAACUAAGCACACUUCAUCUUCAUGUUAACAAACUUAGUGGAAGCAUACCUUCUAGUCUCAUAGGAUGCCCUUUAGCAGAACUAAUCCUUUCAGAAAACAGCCUUGCUGGUCAUAUACCUAAAGAACUUUUCCUUAUCAGCACAUUGUCAAGUUACCUGUAUCUCCAAAAUAAUGUUUUGACUGGCGAUUUGCCAAUAGAACUUGGUAAUCUCAAGAAUCUUGCAACACUUGAUUUCUCCAGUAAUCAAAUAUCUGGACAGAUACCAGGCACCCUUGGAGAGUGUCAGGUAUUGCAGUAUCUCAAUGCAUCUCAUAACAACCUUCAAGGGACAAUUCCAUUAUCAGUAGAGCAGAUGAAAGGCCUUUCAACGAUUGAUCUUUCCCACAACAAUUUAUCUGGGAACAUUCCUGAGUUCCUUGCAAAAAUGAGAGGUCUUUCUGCUUUGAAUCUCUCAUUCAACAAUUUUAAAGGAGAAGUUCCAAGCGAUGGAAUUUUCAGCAAUGCCUCUUCUGUCACAGUAAUAGGAAAUGAUGGCCUAUGUGGUGGUAUCCCUCAGUUCAAGUUGCCACCUUGCUCCAGCCACACCACCAAGAAGCUAUCUUUGACUCUGAGGAUUGUCAUAGCAAUCUCUGUAGGAAGCGCAUGUCUUUGUGGUGCAUUUGUACUGUUCACAUUAUUUCAUUGGAACAAGAAGACAAAGAAAAACCUCCAAACAUCAAUAGUCAUCAGUGAGUACCAUGUGAGGGUUUCUUAUGCUGAAUUAUCCAGUGCAACAGAUAGCUUCUCUUCAGGGAACCUCAUUGGAACAGGGAGCUUCGGCUCGGUAUUCAAGGGAAAGAUUAUGAUCAAAGAACUCCAAGUGACAGUUGCUGUCAAGGUGCUCAAUCUCCAACAACAUGGGGCAUCUCAAAGUUUUGCUGCAGAAUGUGAGACUUUGAGAUGUGUUAGACAUCGCAAUCUUGUGAAGAUCUUAACAGUCUGCUCAAGUGUGGACUUUAGAGGCAAUGACUUCAAAGCCGUUGUAUUUGAGUUCUUGCCAAAUGGGAGUCUAGAGCGGUGGCUACACCAGUCAGUUGAGGAAGAUGGUGAAUACAAGGUGCUUGACCUUGUCCAAAGACUAGACAUCUCUAUUGAUGUGGCUUCUGCGCUUGAAUAUCUACACCAGCACAAGCCAUUGCCAAUUAUCCACUGCGAUCUCAAACCUAGCAAUAUUCUCCUCGAUGACGACAUGGUUGCUCAUGUUGGUGAUUUCGGGCUGGCACGGUUCUACCAUGAAGACUCCAAUGACACUUCUGAGAAAUCAAGUGCUUGGGCUAGAAUGAGAGGAACAAUUGGCUACGCCGCUCCAGAGUAUGGUUUGGGAAAUGAAGUUUCAAUCCUGGGUGAUGUCUACAGCUACGGCAUAUUAUUGCUGGAGAUGUUUACUGGAAGAAGGCCGACAGACAGUAAAUUUGGAGACGAACUCAGUCUUCAUAAAUAUGUUCAGAUGGCACUCCCGGAAAGGGUAAUCAAUAUUGCAGACCAGCAAUUAUUAUCAAAUGAUGGGGAUGGAAAAGGAAUAUCAAAUUCGGUCAAAGUAGGAGAUGCAAGAAUAGUUUGCAUCACAUCAGUUCUGCAGAUUGGAAUUUCAUGCUCAAAUGAUAAUCCAAUGGAUCGCAUACAGAUUAGAGAUGCUUUGAAAGAGUUGCAGGCAAUAAGAGACAAGUUUGGCAUGUCUGUUCAGGGAUGAAGCCUCAAAUAGCUUAGGCGUUACAGGUCUUAUGUGAGCAGGAUAUGUAGUCGAUUGGACAUGCGUAAAUCCAAGAAAGUAGGCAAGGUCACGAAUGAGGCAUGCUACUGUCUCGGCUGCUCCUUAUCGUUUCCGGUUGCAUCUGAAUUGACAUAAAGGUUACAUCUUAGUAUGAAAACACUGUGUCAUACUAUAUAUUUGUUGGCAGUUUCCUACAUGCUUAUUUUCCAGAGAUGAGCAACAAAGGAACAUUGAUGUAUUACCAUUGCCAA